AUGGAGAAGAAAAAUAAUGUAUCUGAAUUCAUCUUGCUGGGGCUUACUCAGGAUCAAGAGUUACAGAAAGUCUGCUUUGGAAUCUUUUUGAUCUUCUACGUGGCAAUUCUGCUGGGGAAUCUAUUGAUCAUAGUCACAAUCAAGAGCAGUCGCCACCUGAUUUCUCCAAUGUAUUUCUUUCUCAGUUACCUUUCCUUCAUAGAUAUCUGUUACUCCUCUGUCACUGCUCCCAAACUGAUAGCGGACCUCCUUGUGAAGAAGAAAACCAUCUCUUUUGUUGGCUGCAUAGCACAGCUUUUUGGGGCUCACUUUUUUGGUUGUACUGAAACUUUUCUCCUCACACUGAUGGCAUAUGACCGAUACAUUGCAAUCUCCAAGCCUCUCCAUUAUACCACUAUUAUGAACAAGAGAGUGUGCAGUUGGAUGGUGUUUAUGUCAUGGCUGGGUGGGUUUGUACACUCAACGGUACAGACGCUCCUUACUAUACAUCUACCCUUCUGUGGGCCUAAUGAAAUCGACCACUAUUUUUGUGAUGUUCACCCUUUAUUGAAAUUAGCCUGUGCUGAUACCUACAUUAUUGGACUUCUAUUAGUCUCUGACUUAGUAUUUCUGUCAAACUCUGCAAAAAUAAUAAUAUUGGGCUCCACCAUUCACUUCCCUAAGGAUUCUAGCAAUGGACAAGUUUCAUACAUAAUGACUAAAUUGCAAAUAGCUUACCGUGUUUGUGCUACAAUGCCCUACACAUUCUACACACAGAGAUAA